AGAUGGUGCGAGCGAAAAGCGGUGUCUUCUUGUCUUCUGCCGAAACUUUGGUCGUAAUAGACUGAUUACGUCUCACAACUGAGUUAAAAUGGUAGAUAUUCGAGCAGAGAAGUUUAACAAGACUGGACUGAAUACCGUUAAGUGAAGUGUUAUCAUCUAGUGUUGAGGAUAGCCCCAGUGGCCAUGGCCAUGAGGACGCGUCUGGAGGCAGUGCUAAAUGUGGGUCUGCGCAUACCCAGCAUCAUGCUGCUGGAGGUGCUGUACCGCUGGGACGUCAGCUCGUUCUUCCAGAAAAUCCAGAGAAGCAGCCUCAACAACAACCCACUUUUCCAGUACAAGUACCUGGCCCUCUAUCUGCACUAUGUUGGCUACAUCCUCAGCCUGGUGCUGCUGACGUUGCCACGGCAGCACCUGGUGCGCCUUUAUCUAUAUGUACUUACAGCUCUGCUGCUCUUCGCUGGACACCAGCUCUCCAGGGAUUAUGUUCGUAGCGAGCUGGACUCUGGCUAUGAAGGACCUCUUUACCUGGACCCGCUCUCCAUGAAUCGCUUUACUACAGCCCUCAUCGGUCAGCUAGUGGUGUGUACGCUGUGCUCGUGUGUGAUGCAGACCAAGCAGAUUUGGCUGUUCUCUGCUCACCUGCUCCCCCUAGUGGCCAGGCUGUGCCUAGUCCCCUUGGAGACCAUAGUCUUUAUCAACCGUUUUGCCAUGAUCUUCACUGGUCUAGAAGUGCUCUACUUCCUGGCCUCUAACUUGCUGGUGCCAUACAACCUGGCCAAGACAGCCUACAGAGAGCUAGCACAGGUUGUGGAGGUGUAUGGGCUUUUGGCUCUGGGCAUGUCUCUGUGGAAUCAGCUGGUUUUGCCUGUGCUCUUCAUGUGUUUCUGGCUGGUGCUGUUCACCCUGCAGAUCUACACCUACUUCAGCACACGAGACCAGCCGCCUUCACGCGAGAGACUGCUUUUCCUUUUCCUCACCAGCAUUGCAGAGUGCUGUUGUACUCCGUACUCUCUGUUGGGGCUGGUCUUCACUGUUUCCUUUGUGGCGCUGGGUGUCCUCACCCUCUGCAAAUUUUACCUGCAAGGCUACCGAGCCUUCAUGAAUGACAAUGCCAUGCACAGGGGGAUGACAGAGGGCAUUACUCUGCUGAUUCUGUCCGUUCAGACUGGGCUGAUUGAGCUCCAGGUCAUCCACCGGGCCUUCCUUCUCAGCAUCAUCCUGUUUAUCGUGGUGGCCUCUAUUUUGCAGUCCAUGCUGGAGAUUGCUGACCCCAUAGUGCUGGCGCUUGGGGCCUCCAGGGACAAGAGCCUGUGGAAGCACUUCCGAGCAGUCAGCCUGUGCCUGUUCCUUCUGGUUUUCCCUGCCUACAUGUCCUACAUGAUCUGCCAGUUCUUCCACAUGGACUUCUGGCUGCUCAUCAUUAUCUCAUCCAGCAUUCUAACCUCACUGCAGGUCCUGGGCACACUGUUGAUUUAUGUGCUUUUUAUGGUGGAGGAGUUGCGGAAGGCUCCUGUGGAGAAUAUGGAUGAAGUGAUAUAUUAUGUCAAUGGAACCUACCGACUGCUAGAGUUCCUGGUGGCAUUGUGUGUGGUGGCCUAUGGUGUGUCGGAGACGCUCUUUGGCGAGUGGACUGUGAUGGGCUCCACUAUAAUUCUGGUGCACGCCUACUAUAACGUGUGGCUGCGGGCACAGCUGGGCUGGCAGAGCUUUCUCCUUCGUCGAGACGCUGUGCACAAGAUCCAGAGCAUGCCCACGGCCUCGGCCCUGCAGCUCCAGCAGCACAAUGACAUCUGUUCCAUCUGCUAUCAGGACAUGAAGUCAGCAGUCAUUACACCCUGUGGUCACUUCUUCCACGCUGGCUGCCUGAAGAAGUGGCUGUAUGUACAAGAGACCUGCCCGCUCUGCCACGGUCAGUUAAAAAGCCAGUCGCAGUCUGCUAACACUAGUGCUCCUCUGGCCACGGAUGCCCCACCAGCUAAUCAGAACGCCCAGGAGACAGAACAGGAACAAUUGCUGGGUGAGUCUGCAGUAGAGGAGGGCUUUCAAGCUGAAAAGACUUCCUCGGAUUUUGAAGCCCAGUUAAGUCUUCAGAAUUCAGAUGAGCCAGAGCUCGAAGGGCAGUCGUUGGAGAAGUUCCAAGAAGAUUCAGAAAAAUGUGAUUUACUAGUGGAUAAAGAAAGCGAUGAAGGCCAGACUGAAGACCUGGAUGGUGAACAAGCUGCACACUCCAGUUCAAGUGUCCCUCCUUCCUCUUAAGUAGAGCUGUGCUAACACUGAAAUGCUGCCAAUGUUAAGGAAUCCUCAUUGGAGGUCAAUGGUUGAAUUUGAACACGAACUGUUUUCAUCUUGAUCAUAUUACAUACCCGCAUUGUAGCUGUUGUAGAGCCAUCCACAGAUUUAUCUUGGGGUGCUGGAGAGUUCUUUAUAUAGGGAGUGGGAUUAUAUCAUAACUGCAAAAUCUUGACUUUUUUUAAACCAUCUCUUUUUACCUUAACUGAGCUUUAAUACCAUCUCGUGGUGAUUUAUGUAUGAUUUUUUUGGAGGGUUUGCCAUAAUUUCUGUAAAGUUGAAAUAGUCCCUGAUUUUCCAGUGCACUAUAAAUGAGCCACAUUCAUUUCUUAAACUCUCUUAAAUGAAGUUGACAAUGGUUACAUUUAAAGGUACAUUAAUUAGGAUUUUCUUGUGAUUUUCAUGUUUCUUUAGGCAAUUGUAACACCUCCUGGUGCAAGCAUUUCAUAACACUCAGUAUUCAAGAUUUGUUGUAAUAGUUUCUAUAGUGGCUUUUUAGUAGUUCUGAGCUAAUCUGAUAAUUUGUCACACCAAAGUGAGGCAAAUGUGCCCCCUCCAUUCUUCGAAACAGCAUUUGCGCCAAACAAUUAGGAAUGAUUAUGCAGAAUUCAUGCACAUGAUUUAACAGUGGAGAGAAUUAUAAAAUCUUGGAAAAAUCUUCAUUAGUGCUCCUCAGCUUCUUAAAUGUUUACUGCAAGGAGCUGCUUUACAGCUUUUGUUAUCUAUGUCAAGGGUGUCUGGUCCUGGAGCUCUACCACCAGGUAAAAUUCUCAUUCAGCAUACCUGGCUCUCAUGUUGAGAUGCCCCUACAGGCCUUGAUUGCCUAGAUCAGGUGUGCUGGGUUUGGUUUGGAGCUAAACACUGCUGUGUGGUAGAUCACCAGGUCCAGGUUUAGGCAUGUCUGCCUAUGUAAAGGGAUAUGUUGUUGCUGACAAAACCUUAUAUCUCCAUAAAUACUAACUGUACAGGAGAAGUAAAAACCUUCUUAUCUUUUACUUAAAGAUAAUGGAAUAAAAUUGGUUUUCAAGUAAUUUUCAAUAAUUUCUGUCGGUCCAUUCGUAAUACAAUUUUUGCAGUGUAAAGAGGAGCUAACUUUUUCAAAUUCUGCCAAAAAUAUGAAAAGAAUUAGACAUGUAAGGUUUUGUUCUGACAGUGAAAACAUGUGCUGUAUUUUCAGCUGUUUUAUCAUGUGUAUGCCAGAGUUAUUUAUUACAGUGAGGUGGGAAAUAUUUUUCCAGAUCUUACUCAGUGGAGCAUAUAUUUUUUUGAAUUAUCAAGAUGAGUCAACUGGAGAGGCUAAACUGAAUUUGAUUCAGGCAGUCUCCUCAGUUCUUUUCCCCUGUCUUAUACUUUUUUUUUCCCCCUUGUUUCAUUAUUUAAAAGGCUGGAAGAGAGAAUCUGCUGUCUUUGAAAUGGUAAAUAUGCAUUAAUAAUAGACAAUCAGUUAAAAUAAAAACAGAUGGAAAAUCACAUUUUCCUCCUGAAGAUGUCCUAAAGACCAGUUACAUCAUUUCAGUCCACUCCACAAUUUGUGUCCAUAUUUCAAGUAACAAAAAAGGACAAGUCAUCAUAGAUAUUUGAACCGUACUUCAAACUGUUUUUUGUUGUAAUAUUUCACUAUUUGAGACUGAAGAUGAUGCUAUAUGGCAUUUGAAUCCCAUUGUAAGAACUUCAAGUAAGAACUUUGUGUCACCUGAUGUCAUGCCAUUCUGCUUUUGCACAGUCAUUUAAAGCAAUGCUGCAAAGUCAUUUUUUCCUAUCCAGCACGAAAUCCUUGUUGGUGCAUAUGAGGUACAAGAACCCUAUAUAAGUGUAAGUGUGUGUGUGUGUGUGUGUGUGUGUGUGUGUGUAUGUAUAUAUAUAUAUAUAUAUAUAUACAUACACACACACACACACACAUACGUUGCUAUCUAUAUUCCCUAACAGGAGUUUUGAUAUGCCAAACAGUGUUUAAGCAGUAUCAACCGUAAUGAUGUGGCCUUUGGGCUUGCAGGAACACUUUGGUGCCCUCUAUAGGUAGAAGUGGGAUUGAGCCUAAAAGUACUGAAUUGAGUUGUACUGCUCUGUUUGAGGCUUGUUGCUUUGACAGUAUUAAGUGAAGUAUUUUGACUUGGCAAGUUUGUGUAGAUGAAUACGUAUACUAAGGUAUGACUAAACAUAAACGCCAGUUACAUUGAAUUGUUAGUGAUGUCUUAGUUUUGCACAUUUCUUGAAGGAAAAUAUGUUGGUAGCAUUUGAGAUGUUUUGUUUCUUU